AUGGAUUUCGAGAGCUUGAAGAGUCAGGUCAGCAACCUGACACUUUACGACCUGAAGGCAGGUGUUCGUAAAGUGCAAAAUGCUGUUAUGAACUACACAGAGAUGGAGUCCAAGGUCCGAGAAGCCACCAACAAUGAGCCUUGGGGCGCGUCUACGACCAUGAUGAACGAGAUUGCCAGUGGAACAUUCAACUACCAGAUUCUUAACGAGAUCAUGCCCAUGAUCUACAAGCGAUUCACUGAAAAGACAGCCGAAGAAUGGAGACAGAUCUACAAGGCCCUCCAAUUGCUCGAGUUCCUGAUCAAGAACGGCUCUGAAAGAGUCAUCGACGACGUCCGAUCCCACCUCUCCCUCAUCAAAAUGUUGCGCCAAUUCCACUACAUUGACCAGAACGGCAAGGAUCAGGGAAUCAACGUCCGCAACCGCUCCAAGGAGCUCACCGACCUGCUCAGUGAUGUCGACAGAAUUCGUUCUGAGCGUAAGAAGGCAAGACAGAACAAGAACAAGUAUAGCGGUGUUGAAGGUGGCGCGGGCCUUGGAGGCUCAAUGUCCACAUCAAGCAGAUAUGGAGGCUUUGGUAGCGAGUCUGCCCCAGGAGGCUACGGAGGAGCCACGAGACAAGUCUACGGUGAUGGUGGUGGUUUCGGAGGCGAGACAGUACAAGAUGACUGGGAAGAGCGCAGCCAAAGUCGCACCAGAGGUCAAGAUCGCUUUGAUGAGUACGAUGAGUACGACGAAGGAAGUGCAGCUGCACCGCCAAGAAGAAAGACAGAAUCAUCAAGGACCGGAACCAAGACAUCAACAGCGGCGGCAGCAAAGAAGGCCGAACCUCCUAAACCCAAGGAGCCUGAGGUUGACCUCUUCGACUUUGGUGACGAACCGACUUCCCUUGCAGCACCUUCCAUGCCUUCCAUGUCUUCCAAUGGCAAGCAGCCAGCUGAUGAUGGUUUCGGUACACUCCAGUCCGGUGGUGCAGAUGACGACGAUUUCGACGACUUCCAAUCUGCUGCUCCAGCUGCUGCACCCGCUCCAGCACUCGCAGCACCUUCAAAGCCCAACUACACCCCUAACUACACAGCAAUUGCACCUCCUCUCUCUGCAGCAGCACCCAACACUCAAUACGCUCAGCCUCAGCCAAGACAGGGCACCAACAACGCUGCCUUCACCAACCUUUUCUCUACCACAUCACCAGUCACAGGCGCAGCAGCACCACCGCCACAGAACAUUGCAUCUCCAAUGUCGGCAACUCAAACACGUGCAGGUGGAUUCCAAGCCGCGCAACCCAACUACUACACAUCUGUCAACGCCACCCAAUCACAGCCGGCGUCUACAGUGGCAUCGCCCGGCAUCAAGUCGCCCAUUGGAGGCGCACCUAAGCCGAAGGCUAGCGGAGAUGCUUUCGCUGCCCUGUUGUCUGGUACCAACCUCAAGAAGUCGGGCAUACCUAGCAACAAGGGACCUACCAUGGCAGACAUGGCCAAGCAAAAGGCUAGCGCUGGUAUCUGGGGCACAACUAGUUCGUCCAGUCCUGCUACCCCAUCUGCGCCUCAGUACAGCGGGCAGAAGACUGGAGGAGCCAUGGACGACUUGCUUGGAUAG